ACGGAACGUGAUAGCUGUCAACUUGUCAAUCGUUAUCAGUUUUCCAAUUUUCAUGAAAACGCGAAAAAUGUAGAGAGAAUAUACGCAAUUUUCAUAAUGUUACAUGAACUAAACAAACAGUUGCUAUACAAUAUUGGUGAAAUCAUUGUUGGUUGAAUGAUUCCUACACAAUUUGAACAUUAUAACGGGGACGAAUUGUUCAAAUAACCAUUAUUUUCCAAUAGAAUUGAUUAAUUUUAUGCAAAAAUGAACGUGAAAAUGGAAGGAAGCACCGAUUCCUUAUCCGUACUACCACCGACAAUUGGUGGUUCUCCCGCGGUUCUACUGACCCCAGGGCGAACUAGAAACAUAGCCCAGGAUAUGGAAGCCUUGAGACUGUCCAGGCAAGACAAUCCCUACCUUCAGCAAGUGAUGGCGAGUAGAGAAAGUCUGAUUGAAAGUCACCACGAUGAGUGCGAGUCAGAUGACACCAUACUCAUGUCACAGGAAUUCGGCAGUACGGCACUAGAUUUCGUGGAAGAUGACCCACUGACCCUGAAGGAAGUCCACGAGCACAUGAUCCGGUCUCCACCGCCCAUCACUAGCUGGCCUCAUGACUCGCUGUCGUACCGCGCGGCGAGCGCCUUCGACUUUGACAGUUCGAUGUACAGCGCGUACUCUACUGACGACCAGGAGCUCCUCGGAAGUAAAUCCCCGCGGCCGGAGCGGCCGGAGCGCAGCACGCGGCCGCGCUCGUCCCGCUCGGUGUCGCCGCGCUCACACGAUCUGUCGCUCUCUGCUCGACCCUUGUCUCUGCCCGGCGAGACCCACCUCCGAAACGCCUUAAGUAACAAAAAACAGAGCAUGCAAACUGAAAGAUUCUCCCUUCUGCAACACCCGCGUCCUUUGAGGCGGCCACACUCCAACCGCCGCGACGACGACAGCGUCCAGCUUGUGCAGGAUUGCGACAAGUAAUCCUGCGCUGUGCACUGAAUCCUGUGCUGUGCAUCGGGUUCUGUGCAUUUGCGGGUGCGAUUAAACGUCUAUUAUGUAAAGAAAGAAUUAAUGUUCUGUGCAUUCUGUGCAAUAUGUGCGUGAUUUAUAACGGCCAUUUGUGUAGACGGUGGUGAUAUGUUUCUGUGCACAGGGUUCUGUGCGUUAGCGUAUGCAAAUUAUGCGCGUUGAAUUUAUGACAUGGCCUUUCGCGCUGAAUUAUUAUGUGCCAGUUAUUGAUAGAUUUGAAGGUGGUUUUGUGCUGUGCACAUUUUGUAAAUCGUAAGUUGUCGAAUUAUGGAAUUAAAAAUUGAAUUUAUUCGGACGUGCACAAAUUCUGUGCUCAGAAUUAUGUGCACUUAAUUAUUAGCUGGAAUUACGAAAUUAUUGUGCAUAUGUUUAAAAUGCGGUUCGCAUUUAAUAUGAAAAUUGGUGUGUUCAAUAUAUAGGGGUCGUAAAAAGGGGUUUUGGGAUAGUAAGGGCGGUUAUUAAAAGGUUUAGGUAGGUGGUAUGCAAUUAUGAAAUGGAACCGAUUGAUCAAAUAUAUAUAAAUAUCUAUCGCUAUAUAAAAUCCAUUCCAAAGAUUUAAGUCAUGUUUUCAUGGUUAAAUGAUGAUUAUAUUUUGAUUAUAAUUGUAUCAAUGUAUUUAUAUCGGUAUUUGAAAUUGUACAUUCCAUUAGGAUAAAUUUUGUUGUGAGUUUACCCCGAGUUAGUAAUUUUUCAAUUAGUUCAGUAUCAUUUUUUCUAUUUGUCUUGUGAUGUUCGUCUAUAAAAAAUAUUUUUAUAUAAAAAAUAGAAAAUUAUUAGAGACGAUAUACAGUACGAUUUGUAUAUUAUUUAAAUUGCUUUUUUAAAUAAUUAAUUUGAACUCACUUCAAAAUCAAAAUCGUCAUAGAUACUCCAAAAAUCAUCAUUUAUGUAUGUGUAAUGUGGAGGUUACCUUGUUUAUGAAUAAUAUUACGAAUUCCUAAAAUGCUCACUUUAGUAUUAUCACAAUUACCGAAUAUAGUAGUAAAAUUAUACCAAAGGUACAUAAAUUUAUUUUGUCCAAUUUUUUGACUUGUGCGAAAAAUUAUAGGCAUAGUUCUUAAAAACGUUUACUGAAAUAGGUUAUAAAUUUAAGAUGUUUGUUACCAAAUAGGCUUUAUUAGGCUCGUAGGAUUUAAUGUAAAUUGCUGAAUUACUGUGAAGUAAGAAAAUAUAUUUUGCUAGAAAAUAACAGUUGGUAUAUUCUGCAAAUUUAGUUAUUAAGUCAUAAAUUCUUAUUGCUUUGAAACAGUUAUUUAAUCGAGUGAGAAAUAUUUAGAUGCCGCUGAGGAUCCCACUAUGAUUUUUACUUAAAACUUAACAUUACACGAAUGUAUUUGUACGGUCUCUUUCUAAACCAUACGAUCUUGAAUGAUAAGUUGAUGUGAUUGAUACCAACUGAAUGAUUUUACGAUGUUUAUUGAUAAGAUUGAUAAUUGAUAUGAGUGCAUUCGAUGAAUGAUAUUUGUGUACUAACUAGAUUUCGCCGCGGCGCAUGUAAUGCUGAUGCAAGUAAAAUAUACUAAGUGUUUGCACUGUACAGUAUUAUUAUAGUAAAGUCUGACUGCUUGGAAUGAUAAUUAAUAUUAACUUGUACUCAAAUAUGUACACUCAAAUAAAAAUAUAUAGACUAAAUUUGUUACUCGAUUAAAUAAAUUUGAACAUGGAGUGUGGAAAAUUUACGUUACGUUUUGUGUCAAAAUAUUCUGUGUCGAAAAAAAUAUUCAAUAUAAAAUAGAUAAUAUUAGCAUGAAGCAGGAUGUUUAUUUAUUAUAGUAGAAAAUAUUUAUCCAAAUAAGUGUAGUGAAUGUUUAAUUUUGAUGUUAAAUGUUUGCCGAAAUAGUUUUGUGGCUCUACCACGCCACAGUUUAAAUGACAAGAAUUGAAACCCCAUUAAAAUAUUGAAAAUGUAACGCGAUCAAAACUAAUGUACUUAAAGUUGAGACAAAUAGUAAUAAUGCAACUGUUUUUACAAAAUAAUAGUAUGAUAUUAUUUGGGUAAUAUUCUUACACAAAUGUAUAGUGUCCACCAUUACAAAAUAUGUAUCAGAUGGUCUCCAUGCAAGUAUCUAAGGCAAAUUGUUAGGCUCAUUCAUAGAUUUUGUUAGAUUUUCUUUAGAUAUUUCACUAGAAAUAGCUUCUAUUAUUGAGUGUUAUUUCGAAUUUAUGAAUGAAUUACUCAAAAUGCACUUAUGUAUUCCAAAUACCAGUGCAAUGAUAUAUUUGUAUUCAAAAUGUGCUUAAGAAAAUGCAGGUAUUUACUUAGAUGCUAUAAUGAAAUUUAUUUUAUGGUAACGUGUUGGUCCUUCUUAUAGGAAUUAUUAUUAUAUUACCUUUUUACUUAGCCAAUGUUUUUUUUCUUUGUUAAUUAGUUGUAGCUUAAAGUUAUCGGCAAAUGAUUUUUGUACGCGAAUAUUGUAACCGAUAAAAUUUAUGGGAAUCUAUCAAUAGGUUAUGUUUUAAUACUAUCAUAUAUAAAGAAAUAACGAAAAAUUUAAACCUAGUUAUAAUAAAAAAUAAAUAAUGUUCGGGUUCGGAUAAUGCGCAUUAGUUUACGUGUAUUUGUACAAUGUGUUUCAUUCCGCAAAAAGUCUGCCGUUGUGUUUUUUAACUAGUCUAUACAGAAGGCCUACCACGAAACAUACAACACUUAGCACGUUACUCUUAUCUCUUUUUGACAUAAAAAAGAGAGAUUUUGACGCAAUGACGUAGGUACUACGUUUUAUGUUUCAUGGUAGCCCCUCAGAUUCUAUCAGACAUCCGUUUUAGUGUUAGCUUUUGGCGUCUUCGAAUAAUAUUAUAGUUAUUUGUACUUAUAAUAAUUUUUCGUGUAUUUAACUUCAUUAGCUUUAAAAUGUUGUUAACAAUAACUUAGAACACGUGAACAUCAAAUCAAUAAAUACAUUAAAGAUCAAUUUAUAUUAUAAUAUUGUUUUUUUAUUUUGUGGUAAAUGUGAAAUAUUUAAAAACUUGUAGCCAUGACUAUCUUUUUUUUUUUUUAAAUUCAAUUUAUUCCGAACUGUUAAGUUCUUUGCUUUCUCUGUGUCUCUCUUUGCAUUGUAUUUUUUUUUAAUAAGUGAGGUGUUUAUGUAAUGUUACCAUAAUAUAUAAUAAUUUUGUUUAGUCAUAGGUGCUUAGGAGCUUCUGUUAUGGCUCGGAUAUUGACAAUGACGUUGAUAAUUAUUAUGUUUAAACUCUAAGUCGUGACGAUAUAAUAAUAUUAUCGAUAUAAAUAAAGCUAGGAUCUUUUUCAAAUCGGAGAGAAUUUUGCAGAUCGAUUUCUAAAAAACAAUUAAACAGUAAACUUUCAAUUUGAAACCAAAUCCCAUUUUAAGUGACGCUCGGCGUAUGAGAAAACGCCCGUACGAGCGAAGCCUUAACGUAGCUGACCCUCAUUGCAUUAAAUUAGUAAAAUUUAUCUGGUCUACUCGCUGGUCGAAUUUCCAGAUUUGUCGAUUUAGUAAAUAAAAUGUUUGGAUCACG